AUGUCUUAUCAAUUAUGCGAUGCCGUCUACAUCGACGACCGAUUCAAAACGGAAAGAUGGGUGUACCGAGAGGAGAUACUGGAGCGGAGUGACGCCAAUGAACUGUCGACGUUGUUUCCAGACGUGCCACCUAGACUCCAGAAUACGAUGAAAGUAAUCUCGAACAUUUGCAAACAAACCGCUCUCGCUCGUCUGAGCGACCAAAGUGGACCAGACUGUACGCCUAUCUUCGCCUUUGUCGAUGUUGAGUCGACUCCAGCUGCUGCUGCUUUACGUCGCCAAGAAGCACGGGAUACCGAAGGUGAUCCUUACGCUCCCGUGUCAGAAAAAUUCAGCUUCUCUUCCGAGUCCCCCGAUUCAUACGGAGUUCAGCUCGUAGCUCUCCUAUCGUCAGAUUUACAGUUGCUAGAAGGCCCCAAACUCAUCACACCGAUUGCUGUUAUGCGGACUCCAGGAGGUUUGGGCGAAGAGGGUGAGGGUUUGUCGCCUUCGAAACUUCAACAGAAAUUGUGCUGUCUUUCACCUACAUUUGUCACUCUGCCGCAACGCUGUUUGGAUGCAGGUGCUGCUGAUGUGCUUUGUCAACCAUUGGAGGAUGCCCGUGUUGAGAGCCUGCUCGUCCAUGCUUAUCGGAUAAAGCGAUCUGCACAGAAGGAAAUGACGCGGUUUUUGUCGGUCAAGAAAUCCAGGAAACAGUCGUGGGUUGGCGUUCACGGCGAAAAGCCAUAUUCAUAUCUAAGGGAGGCAAUGGUAUCAAAACUGUUGAAGUCGAUAUGUAAUCCAGAACAAGUGAUUGAGGAAUUUCAUGAUGGGGAUUUGGAUAUUUCGCCUGAUCGAAAAGCUAUCAUAGAACACGAGGUUGGUGUGUGGAGGUUUUCUGCCCACAGCCUCUCGGAUGACGAACUUGUACACGCCGCCUUUGCCAUGAUUGGGCAUGCUAUGGCAAUGCCCGAGCUAGAGCCCUGGCGAUUGACCAAAGUCGAACUUCGCACUUUCUUACUGGCCAGCCGCGCCGCAUAUAAUUCAUUUGUCCUCUAUCACAACUUCCGCCAUGCAGUGGACGUACUGCAGUCUGUCUUCUAUAUCCUCGUCACAAUCGGCGCUCUCCCUUCCUAUAACCCUGCUACUACAAACACAGUAGCUGCCCCCAAAUCUCCAGUAGCAUCGCUGAUUUCCCCCUUUGAUGCUUUGACUCUCCUUAUCGCGGCGAUCGGCCAUGAUGUCGGCCACCCCGGCGUGAACAACGUGUUUUUAGUGAACUUGAAUGCGCCGCUAGCCCAGUUAUAUAACGACAGCUCUGUCUUGGAAGCCUUCCACUGUGCCGCCUUCUCCCAGAUUCUUCGUCGUUACUGGCCUGCAGCUUUUAACGAUGUCAAGAUGCGAAAAUUGCUCAUCAGCUCCAUUCUUGCUACCGAUAUGGGCGUGCACUUUACGUACAUGAGUCGCAUGGCUGAGCUGCAAGGAAAAUACCAUGAGAAGGAGGAUCUGACAGCCUGGACAGCGCAGGAGCGAGAUACCUACAAGGCUCUUAUGUGCGGGCUGAUUAUUAAAUGCGCCGAUAUUAGCAAUGUGGCCCGACCCUGGAAAAUAGCAGAACAGUGGACCCAUAUAUUACAAGAAGAGUUUGCUCAUCAAGGCGAAAUGGAAAAGGAAAUCGGCAUGGAAACAGCUCUGUUCGGUGGGCCUCCUGAAUUAGGCAACAUACUCAAACUCUCUCUCGGGCAAAUCAACUUCAUGUCGAUAUUCGCCAUACCUCUAUUUGAAGGAGUCUCCAGCCUCUGUCCAGAUAUCAAAGGCACCGUCGAACAAAUCAAAGUGAACAGAGGUCGAUGGCAAGAAGUAGCGAGCCAACAACAAGCGUCUACCACUACUGUCGGCCCGUCAGAUGCGCAGCGAUCUUCACGGUCACUCAGGUCUGCAAAAAGCCAGACUCUCCCGGUUUCGUCGGUACAGGAGAACAAUGUCCAAGCAGAUGAAGACUCGAAUGCUCAUAUCACCUUGGACCAACCUCCUACCCGUUUAGCCUCGCCGCCAUCCCCAACUGCACAAAAGAAGUUUGCAGACGAUAAUAUUGACCUCUCACAGACGACUGUCUCAGGAUUUCAGACAGAAGCAGACGGUGAUUCUGACGACAACCCGCCCUCUGAAUAUCAAUCGAGUGAAGAGGACAAUAGCAAUACAUGCAAAUCAUCAGGUGCAACUCUGACGACGCACAAUGUGGAACCUGACCGGGUGUCCUCUUCCUCUCGCCGUGUAUCGCGCCGUUCGAGCUCUUACGGAGCCGGUAGGGACACGAGAACGCAGAGUGAAAGCACUACAACGAAUACGGUGGCAACUCCCACAUCUCCAGCCACAAACGCAACCAGCUUCGUUACUUUGGACAGUAGUGAUGAGAAAGAUUGUGCUGCGAGUGGGUUGAGCAGUGCCAGUGACGUUUGCCCACUGGAUGAAAAUCACUCACGGCCAUCUUCAUCUGGAAUAUACGCAGUUUCUGACCGACAAAGACUCCGAACUAACGAUCGCAAUCCUAUCUCCCAGAAACCACGCUCGUCUCAAGGCUUCGAAGAGUUUGGCAAAACCCACCAUGUGAUGACCGCUAUACUGGGGAAUGCUUGGAGCGGUCGCGAGUCUUCAGCCGAUAGUAAACAUCCUACUUCACAUCGUUCGCAUGAGCAGCUCACAUCUUCAACUCGGCAUAAUCUACCACGGAAAAAGAGCCGUUUACGAUUGGCAUUUUGGAGGCGAAAGCCUCAAUCUCAACAAGAGGCGGGUAAUUAA